UGGGGAGUGCUCACUUGCUCCGCCGACUCGCCACCAGCUGCUCCCUCCAUCAAUCACGCGGGCCGCCGCCGCUAGCCACCUCCAAGCUCCAAGAUUUGAUUUUGCUUCGUCUGUCUUUAGGGGAGGGGAGGGGAGGGAAAGGAAGGGAAGGGAAGGGAAGGGCGAUCCAGGAACAUGGAUCACAAGGAGGAGGAGGAAGCGUCCGUCUCCGUCAGCGUCCCGCCGGAGGAGCAGGAGCAGGAGGAGGAGGAGGAGGGGGAGGAAGAAGACCAAGAAGAGCAAGAGGUGAAGAUGGCGCUCGGCCCUCAGCUUCCCCUCAAGGACCUCCUCCGUCUCCACCUACACCUCCACAAGGGGGAGGGGGAGGGGGAGGGGGAGGAGGAGGAGGACGACAGCCUCCGCAGAUGGAAGGAGCAGCUCCUCGGACCAGAUGCUCUCCACACCACCAACAUCCCUGCCCUUGGAGUUGGAGAGACCGUCGAACCAGAGGUGACCAUACUCAACUUGACCAUCCUCGCACCAGGGAGGCCUCACCUGCUUUUGCCCAUACCCUUCCUGCCCGAUGGCAAGGGCCACGCCUUCGCGCUCAAGGACGGCACCGCAUACAGCUUCCGCUUCUCCUUCGCCGUCUCCAACAACAUCGUGUCCGGUCUCAAGUACUCGCACACCGUCUGGAAGACCGGAGUAAGAGUGGAGAACCAGAAGGUGAUGCUGGGGACAUUCAGCCCUCAGCAGGAGCCCUACACGUACAAGGCCGAAGAAGAUAGCACCCCGAGCGGCAUCUUUGCGAGGGGCUCCUAUUCUGCUAGAUUAAAGUUUGUGGAUGAUGAUGGGAAGGUGUACCUGGACAUGAGGUACAGCUUUGAGAUCAGGAAGGACUGGCCUGCCCUGCCUAAUUAACAAGAGCAAGAGAGACUCUUGACUCACCUGGUCAGUGAGUAGUAGUACCUAGCAAGGGUUGGUCUGAAAGAUGAGAUGAAUGUUUAGUUUAGGUUGUGUCUGCGGAUGUUGAUAGCUCUUCUGUUAGGUGAUGUUUAUUAUUAUUGUGUGGUGGUAUGAAUAUGAAUAUGAAUGAAGAAGGUGACUGAACGUGUAUGACUGAAUUUGCAUGCAUGUGUAUUGUUACUGUUAUUGUUAUUGUUA